AUGUCUGGUCUCGUCAACAAAGCCAAGGGGAUGGUCGGAAGUCAAUCUGCAAAGCACGACACUCAGCACGGCUCAACCAACGCUGGGCCACACAACUCCAACAUCGCGAAUAAAUUAGAUCCACGCGUUGAUAGCGACUUCGACCACAGAGAGAAUCCGGGCAGUAUCGUAGGUGGCUAUGGCAAAGGACAAGCCCAAGGCCCCUUCGAGACGACCAAUCAGCCAUACGACACCCACUAUCAGGGAACUGCUGGCAGUGGUAACGCUCCGAGCACUGCAGGCCCACACAAUAAGGAUAUGUUGAACAAGGCCGAUCCAAGAGUUGACUCUGACCGAGACCACAGCACAACUCUUGGCGGAAACAAGACACAUACCUGA